UAUCCCUGAUUGAUGCCCCACAUUCUGGGAAGCAGGAGGUAUGCGUUGUAGCUGAUUUAUUGUUCAGACUUCAGUGUAAAAGCAACUGUCGGGGUGGAGCAACGCUGACCUUCAAAAUACAAAAAUUACCAGCUUCAAACUACGUCACAACUAUUGAAGAAAAUUCAGCGCAUGACUAAAACCGAAAGCAUCAGAUCAAAGACGGUUAUCAGCUGGUGUUGAAAGUACACGUGAAUUACAGAACUCGUUCUAACUUGCUGGGACAAUUUUCAAUAGCAGAGCUUGAAAUACAUCAAAAGAAUUCAUGAUGACGAGUCAAGAGGUAAUCCUGGACGAGUCAACAUCAUCAGCAGCUAUCCGCAAGCUCAAGCACGAUCCAUUCCUACUCGUUGGAAUUGCUGGUUUUUGCGGAACUUUACUCGUUGGUGCCUACAAGUACAAACAUCGUCCUAAGAACAUGGGGACAGGUCUUUUCCUCGUGCAACUUCGAGUCGCUGCACAAAGUGCUAUCAUCGGGAGUCUCAGUGUUGGAAUGGUCUAUGGAAUGCUUACCAAAUAUGUUUUCAAGACUGAAGAGAAACCGAAUUGAUGGGAUGACGAGUUUAAAGUAUUUUUCCCUAGUUGAGUUAAAGUAUUUACGGAUCAUUCUCGAGGAAAUUCUUUCAGGCUUGAAUUUUAAUUGGGGAUGGAGCACAGUUGAGAUUUUUAUGUACAUUAGGUCGAUUGAGAAUUUAUUCUUAUAAUAAUUAGGUAAUGGGUGGAUUCAGGAGAAAAUAUCAACAAUUUGCUGUUUUCCUUUUGAAACCACACGUUCUCCGAAUUGUAUCUAUCACGGUUCACCACAUCCCCAGAGCACCCUCAUCCCAUCGCGCAAUGACCGAAUCAUUUUAUUUUAUUUCCAGGAAAUAAUUUCGCGACACUUGCUACUAUGACGUGAAUAAUGUUUCGUAUUAUAAUGACAGUUGGUCUCAAAAAACACUUUGUUUGUAUAUAAAGGGAAAAGUAUCAUAAAAGUAAUUUAUUUUUGUUGGCCAGAAAACUCGAAGCUUAAUAAAUGGUAUCGAAUAAACUUCAA